UGCAGCAGCACCUCGGACUGGAAGCCUCUCAGCUGGAGUCGAUUUUUUAUACUUACUGGACUUCAUAAUAUCUACUACUACUACUACUAGUAUACUACACUGUAUUUUAUAGCCAUCAUGUCGCAUACUGUAGUCACUACUUCUACUACUACAACUACAAGUAGGUCCGGUACCGCAGGUUGUCUGAAUCUGGGUUACAGCCUCUCCACACCCGGGAUACUGAAAAUAGCGCAAAUGGUGGCCCUGCUGAUCGCCUUCCUCUGUGUUCACCUUGCACGGGCUUGGACUGCCUGGUCGGCCUUUUGUUAUUUUGAGGUGGUCACGCUGUGGUUCCUUAUAGCCUUCCUCAUCUUCUUCCUCUUGUACAUCUUCAGACUUCAGGGCAAAAUCCCCUGCAUCAACUGGGUCCUCACUGAGUUUCUGCACUAUGCCGUUGGCACCAUCCUCGUCUUCAUCGCCUCCAUCGUGGUGGCUGUGAAGAGCAGUGGGUUGUCAGAGCUGGUGGCCGGCUCGGUUUUUGGCUUCAUAGCGACCUUCUUGAUGGCUCUGAGUCUGUGGAUGUCGUACAAAGUGACCUUCAGCUCCCAGCAGACAGGUGCAGCCGUGUAAACGGGCACCAGACAGGAAGUGACCAGAUAUUUCUGUCAUUGAACUUCCUGGUGUGUUUGGUCAUUUCCUGUUUCUGAUGCUUGUUCACCGAAACGAACAGAGGAAACCCAAAGCUCUUCGAGUAGCAGGACUGAUCCUCAACCAGAGGCUUCAGUUUUGGUCAUGGUCACGAAAGCUCGGUUCUUCUGCUCUGACAGGAUUGAUAAACAGAAACGACAGAGAAAGAGCGGCUUUUGUGAUGAUGUUGUUGUUUCGUAGAUCAACCGGGAAGUUAGCGCUACCGUGGGUUCUUUCAGCUCUGGUUCUAAGGGGAAAGGAACUGAGUUUUUGGUUGAACAAGCUCAAAGGAGGAUUCCUUUUAGCCGUGCAUAUCAGUUAUGACAGCAUUUUACUCAUGGACUUCAUUGUGGAGAUUGUGGACAUGGGACCACCACUAGACACGGCUUUACAAUGGAGUCUAAUGAGGCAAUUGAACAAGAGUCAAAAAGUCAGUUAUCUACAACUUCUGUAUUGUGCCGGCCGGGUAGUUUAUUGAUGGCUACUACUACCUACGCUAAGUAGAGACUAGUCAUUCCUGCAAGUUGAACCAGGAAGUAGAUCAGCAGUGUGAUCGACCAUUGAUAAUAUCGGGCAAUAUUGGGGGGACAGUGGCUCAGGAAGUAGAGCAGGUCCUCCUGUUGUUGGUUUGAUCCUCGGCUCCACACAAAAAUGACAAGGUGUCUCUGAGCGGGACAUCUGUCGCCUGACCAUCCCCCUGUUACCUUGCAUGGUUGAAACUGCCGUCUGUUUAUGUGCGCGUGGGUAAAUAUGUGAGGCAUUAUUUGUAAAGUGCUUUUGAAAAAAAAAAGGCACUGUAUAAUUGCAGUCAUUUACCAUUUGGACAUUUCAGAUGAUAACUUUGACCUUCCCCAGAUAGCAAAAUUGCUGUGGCCCGGACCCGUCCCACACCCAACACUUUCAUCUGGCCCCCAUACCGCGUGGAAUGAUGGCACUUCGGCGAUCCGCUCCUGUUUGCCAGAUCUGGACCAGAACCAAGCCAUAACAAUGCCGCAUGUGCCACAUAUUUGCCAAAGGUGGACCAUAUUUGUUUGUGAUAUUUGGGCCAUAGUCACCAUUUACCACACGGGCCACUUCAGGCCCACAUCCAUUUUGUCAGGGCCAGAGGAAGGCCAUCAUUGCCACAUCAUUGCCUGAAGUGGCCCACAUCAUUGCCUGAAGUGGCCCACAUCCGGAUGCUAUCUGGGUCCCUUUCUGAUAAAGUUAAUACAUGGUUUUGAUAAUUGGGUUAAAUUGGACUUGUUGAAACAUGUCUGACACUUGUGUUCAGUUAUCCACUAAGAAACAGUUGUAAAGCUCAGCGGUGUCCACUGGUGGUCGCGUACGUCCCAGAUCUCCAAAAUGAAGCCUGUGAGCAAAAUUACGUCAUAACAGAUAUGCACGAUGGCAAAAACUACAAAAAUAAGACACGGGUUCCAAAAAAAAUUGGAACUGUCCUUAAAGAUAUUUAGAUGUCUUACCCUAUGAGAUCAUCUCCACAAAUAAAUGCCACGUUUACUCGUUGUGAAGCAUAAAUUGGUGUCCGUUAAAGCCAUUUCUUGACCGCAAUGAUUUUUUUUUCAGAAUUCCCAGAAGUUUAGAUGUCGGAUUAUAUCUCCCAGAACACCCAAAUCUUGCAACCUGGUGCUGAUUAUAGACCAUAACUGAGGGUGUUGAACCAGAAGCCCGUUCAUUUUUGCUGUUUUGAGAGGCAGAGCCGAGAGAACACAUGGGUCCAAAAAAAAAAACAAAAAAAAACAAAAAAACAAAAAAAAAACAACUGACCUCCUGGUUUUAGGACUCAGGAACAGACUGCUUCAUAUAAUAGACAUAGUGGGAUUGAUUUAAUCUGGUGUUACAACCAGUACACUGCCCACCGGGGUUUAUUACACAGUGCUAUGCUAAAAACAGUAUUGUAUGAAAAAAAAACAGUAUAGCUUUUAAUUUUCUGCUCUUUUUUUUUCUUCUUUCGACAAUGAAUGUUAUCAGACCCACUGAGAGCAGAUGAAGGUUUACUGUGUUGUCUGGAAAUGAAACCAAAUUCGGUGGGGUGACAGCUGUUACCGCCCAUCACCAUUUAUCCUUACAGGAAGUGAAGGACUCUUAAAGCAGGGUGGUCCUACUUUGACGCUUUUACCACUCUGGUCUCUUUGUAUUUGAAGAAUAUAUAAACUAGCUUGCUCAUAACUGAUGCCUCUUGUCAUCCAGCUCCGUCAAACAUCCUGAAGUAACCCAGAUAGCAAAAUUGCUGUGGCCCGGACCCGUCCCACACCCGACACUUUCAUCCGGCCCACAUACCGCGUGGAAUGAUGGCACAUGGGCGGUCUGCUCCUGUUUGCCAAAUCUGGGCCAGAACCAAGCCAUAGCAAUGCCGCAUGUGCCACAUAUUUGCCAAAGGUGGCCCAUAUUUGUGUUGUGAUAUUUGGGCCAUAUUCACCAUUUACCACACGGGCCACUUCAGGGUCACAUCCAGAUCACAUGUUGCCCAGAGCACCGCAUCUUUGCCAAAAAAGGCCCACAUCUGAUUUAGCAUAUUUGCGCCAUAUUUGGUAUUAUACAUGUGGGCCACUUCAGGCUCACAUCCAUUUUGUCAGGGCCAGAAGAAGACCAUCAGUGCCACAUCAUUGCCUGAAGUGGCCCACAUCCGGAUGCUCUGUCUGGGAAAGGAGAGGAGAGAACACGCUCCUUCUUUAUCAAAGCAACAUGUUUUACUGCAACUUGUCAGAAAAUCCAUUCACAUGGUUCAGCUGAUUAGAUAGAUAGAUAGAUAGAUAGAUAGAUAGAUAGAUAGAUAGAUAGAUAGAUAGAUAGAUAGAUAGAUAGAUAGAUAGAUAAUUUAUUGAUCCUGAGGGAAACAAAAGCAUCAUCACAGCUUGCAUAAUCCAAAAGCAAAAUUAUAAGAAAAAAAAAACCCUGAAAGUACUUGGUGCCUAUAAAAUAAAAUAGAAUAAAGAGAUUUUAUAUAUAAAUAAAAGCAGGGUGGAUCAAGAGCAUUGACAUUAAAAAAUGUUUAAAAAUUCAGCAGAUGUGUAUGUAUAAGUGGAUGUGGCUGGAGGUUGACUGGUUGGUUCUGACUGAAAAUUGUAAAUAAAGGCUUUUUUAGCGACCCGAAUAUAGUUUACAGCUGUUGAUGUUUCCGAGUUGUUUUUAACCAGAUGAAAAAUAAUGACAUAUCCCCAAGUGAAGUAUGAAAAAUAAUACUGUGUUUUAUAGUAAAGUUUUUCACUUUAUUUUCAUUAAAUAUAGCAGCAUAUCCAGGGAAGCCUGUUUUUCUCAUUGCUGCUUUCUAUUCUGAAAGCAAACCAGCGAUUUGAUUCUUGUAUUUUAACGGUGUGCUGGUUUGAGGUCAUUUGAAAACUUACCACAGUUUUUUUCUAUUAGAGAAGUCCUGUGACAUUCCCUCUGCAUGGUGUCACGUGGUAUUUGCUGUAUUGGACACGUGUGGAGGACAGAUGCAUGUUGGGUGUGUUGGGAGAAGGAUGCUGAAGAUGGAGCUGCCAGGGGAGAGGAAAAGAGGAAGGCCAAAGAGGAGGUUUAUGGAUGUGGUGAGGGAGGACAUGCAGGUGGCUGGUGUGACAGAGGAAGAUGCAGAGGACAGGAAGAGAUGGAAACGGGUGACCCGCUGUGGCGCCCCCUAACAGCAGCAGCCGAAAGUAGUGGCAGUAGUAGAGCAUCAACCUGCUAUCAAUGAAUGAAUGAAUGUUUUCUAGAGGCCAGAUUUUUUUUUUAUUGAAAUUUGAGCUUUGCUGCAUUAAACUUUUU